AUGGCCGUACAAUCGGACUCCGGAGGGAAGGACGACGUGAAGACACAGUUCGUGACACGGGAAGGCACAUACAGAUUGAUGACGCUCUCCGAAUACUCGAGACCUAAUCGAGUUGGAUACACAAGUGGCUCGGGCGCCACUCAUGUGCGCGUGUCAUUGGUAUCGCUGCCGCCAGGGCCGGGUGGAGGCGCGCCCGGCUCCGACGGACUGGGAUCCGACGACAGGAUAUGUUUUAAUCAUGGGAAGGAACUCUAUGUUUAUGUUUACAGAGGUGUUAAAAAAGCGGCCGAUCUCACUAAACCUGUGGACAAAAAGAUGUACAAAGGUACGAACCCCACCUGCCACGAUUUCAAUGCGGUUACGAUGACGCCGGAGAGUGUCUCCUUAAUCAUAGGUUUCUCCACCGGACAGAUCCAACUCAUAGACCCCAUAAAGAAGGAAUUAAGUAAAUUAUACAAUGAAGAGGUGUUCAUGGGGGUGGCAAUAAAAGUAUCAGGGAACUGCCUGCGCUUGGGCCAAUUUAUGAUA